GUCGUGUACAGCAGCUCAGCUAAAAGAUGGCCCAGCGUGUGUUGGAGCUGCUUGCUGUGUUCUUGGUGUGUGUUUGUGUUGGCGAGGAACAAAACUCGAUCGAAUCAGGUUGUUCCCCGGGCCAGAGCCCGCCCUACAUCAAGAGACCUGACUCACAAGACAGAAAUCUGUUGAAAGAAGGGAAAGGGGCGGUCUUUCAGUGUGAGGCAGACGGUAGCCCAGCACCCACGUACCAGUGGUUCAGAAACGACGUUGCCAUUGACGACAAGGGGGAUUACCUGAAGGCCUUCACCAAUGGCACGCUGGUGUUUAAAGACUUCUCCUACAGAGACGGUGGGAUGUUCCAGUGUCGGGCUAAAAAUAGUUUUGGCACUUCAGUGUCGGUCAAAGUUCCAAUACUUGCAAACAUUGAUUUAGGUAACAAAAAAGAAAACAAAGAAGACAGCGUAACGGUGUCACAGGGCCAACCGUUCCACUUAUACUGCGCGCAUGCGCCUGAGAAUUCUCAAGGUGUCAGGAAAUACUGGUACGUGGACGUUAAAAAAUACCAAGUGAGUUCCUCCAGUCGUGUCGGCAUUGAUACCAACGUAUUGUAUUGA